AUGGCAGAGACCAAGCGGCCGGUGGGCCUUCUCUUUGACAUCGGCGGAGCUAUCCUCGACUACGAGCUAUCGAAAAACAUUCCUCCCGGAUGGGUCAAUUUCAGUAUUUCCCGAACCUCGCCGCACGGUAGCUGGCACCGGCUGGAACGAGGCGAGAUCCCCAUGGACGCCGAGUUCUUCGCCGCAUUCAACAGAGACCUCCGGAACCCUGACCUGUGGAAGCAGUUUCACGAGAUCUCGCGCACCCCCGACCCGUACAUGUACCCCGCGCUGAAGAAGCUGAGAGCAUCGGGUCAGUUCGUGAUGGGGGCUUUGUCGAAUACGACCAAAUUUCCCGAGGGGCAUCCGUACAACAAGGAUGUGUCUGGAGUCAAGUCGCAAUUCGACUUUUUCAUCUCGUCGGCGCAUACCGGCCUGCGCAAGCCAGAUCCGAAGAUCUACCAGGUCGCGAUCCAGGAGAUGGAUGCCGAAGCUAAGAAACGGGGGUUUCCGGGGGCUAACCCGGCGGAUAUCGUCUUUUUAGAUGAUAUAGGAGAGAAUCUCAAGGCAGCCAAGAAGGCUGGGUUACGCACCGUCAAGGUGACGCUGGGCAAGACGGACGGGGCCGUGCGGGAGUUGGAAAAGAUCACGGGUCUGCAGCUAUUGGAGGAGGAUAAGGCACGGCUAUAG